CUAUUGUGUUGAGUCCAUCAUCUGCUCCUCUUCUUCUUCUUCUUCUUUUUUUUUUAAAUCGGGGGGAGAGGGGCUCAAAAGGCGUGGAAGUUUCUGACAGGAAAUGCCAAGGUGUAACUUUCUCCACAAAGAAAACUUAAAAGGAUUCUGAAAGCAGAAGUUUCUGAGUCCGGCUGGGAUGAUGAAAACAUCGAUGGGAAACCAGGGAAGCGGGCCUGCUACAGAGAUUGGAGAGGAGGAGGAAGAUAAAGACCCGUCAAGUCAGCCUGUUGCUGUGAGGAACUGUUUUCGCCUGCAAAGGAACAGUUUACUUGAGAAGCUCAUCAAAACCUGCCCAGCUUGGCUUCAGCUUGGCAUCAGUCUGGAAAAGGCUUCUGAAAUACUCUGCAAGGAACCAGCAGGGAUAUUUAUGGUUCGGAAAAAUGAGACCCUGAAAAAUCUAUUUCUGUUAGUUCAUUUUCCAGCCCAGGAAGAGGGUUGUGAUAUUCUAGAAUACAAGAUAAAAGAAGAAAAAUCAUUAUUGUACCUGGAAGGAUCUCUGCUUGUGUUUGAAGACAUCUUCAAACUGGUGGCAUUCUACUGUGUCAGUAGAGAUCUGCUUCCGUUCACGCUAAGAUUGCCACAAGCAAUAUUGGAAGCCAAUAGUGCUACAGAACUAGAAACCAUCUCUGGUUUGGGGAUAGGUUUCUGGGGCUCCUCUUUACACCAGAGACAAGGACGAAGGCUUCCCCAUUCUGUGAAAGAUCCUGCUUACACCACAGCCCAGGCAAAAAAAGGAAAGAACCCUAGCAAGGGUUUUGCAAGCAGCACAAAUAAUUGUUCAUGUGAAAUUGAGCUGUCAAUAGGAAGUGACAGGCUGUGGUUUGUAAAUCCUAUUUUUAUAGAGGAGAGCAGCUAUCCAUUUCCCCCAGAUGUUUCUUCUUCAGAGAUCUUCAGGGAGAGUCCUUCUGGUGAUAGAAACUUUGUGACAAAACCUCCAAAGAGGUCUCCCAGUCGACCCCCUCCUCCUCCUCCACCACCACCACCACUUCUAUUGACUUUUCAUGCUGUGAAACAAACCGAAACAUCUUCUAUGACCCCUUCCAAGGAGGAUCAGUUUCAGAGUUUGGAGAAAACCAAAAAAGAGAUGAAAACUGAAAUUAGCAGAGACAAGGAAGAUGGCAGACAAGAGCUCUUUUUUCCUCAUAGCCUUCCAUCUACAAAUUCAAAGAAGAUUCCUCCAUCCAUUCCACCAAGGCGAUGUUCAUCUGAGAGAACUUCAGGAAACACCUCCUUUGAUAAAAGUCAGAAAUGUUCACUGUCAGAAGAAACACAAGUAGAAAAACAGAACAGGAGGAAUGAAGCUUUGGCUAACGAUCACCAAUGUGAUGAGGCUCCAAAUGUAUUGGCGGAAGUGAUGAAGUCCACCCCAAAUGGCCAGAAAGUGAAACCUGAUGGAGAGGACAAGAAGGAGCUUAUAGAACAGCAGCAGAACCUAUCAGGAAGACCCAAACAGCCUCCCAUCCCACCCCCAAGAAAAAAGAGGUUCUUUAAACAGUCAUCAUCUACCAGCAAUUAUUCUUUGAAGGACAAGAACGCUGAAGAGUCAGAAGUAUUUGUACAACAGGAAAACAAGCAAAGAGUAGAAAAAACUUGCUCCAUUUUAAAAAGGGAAUCAAAAUCUGGCUUCAAGCUUGUCAGCAUAUCAGAAUGUGAACAUUCACAUGACUCAUUGCAUUGCCCAGUGGGCAAAGCAGGGGCUCAAUUGCCUGCCUCUGAGCCAGAUUCUUAUUCCACAAGUAGCACUGAAGAUGAGUUUGAACUGAUGACCAGUACUACUGUGAGGAAGACCCAUUCUAUGAUUUUAGGCAGGGCCAGGCGUCGUCUGUCCAUGGUCAGCCUAAGCAAUGUCUUCACAGCAUUUCUCUCUUCUGACCGAAAGCUGCAGAAGAAGAUUGUGGAACUGGCCCAAGAUAAAGACUCUUACUUUGGCAACUUGGUGCAGGACUAUAAAGUAUACAGUCUGGAGAUGAUGGCAAAGCAAAUCUCCAGCACAGAAAUGCUACAAGAGAUCCGCUUAAUGAUGACACAACUGAAGAGUUACUUAAUUCAAAGUACAGAGUUGAAAUCUUUAAUGGACCAGGCUGUUCACACAGAUGAGAAGCUAGAGGUAAUAAUAGAAUCAGCUUUGCACAAAUGUGUCUUGAAGCCUUUAAAAGAGCCCAUUGAUGCUUACCUACGGGAAAUCCACAACAAAGAUGGAUCUUUCAAACUCCUAAAAGAAAAUCAGCAACUCAUACAAAAUACAACUACAACCGACCUGGGAGUCACCACUAGUGUGCCUGAAUCAGCAUUACUGGAGAAAAUACUGCAUAAAUUCACAACCAUGAACAAGACUUAUUCUCCAGAAAAGAAAAUCAGCAUUCUGCUGAAGUCCUGCAAACUCAUUUAUGAUUCUAUGACUCAGGGAAACCCAGGGAAGCCUCAUGGAGCAGAUGACUUCCUCCCAGUGCUCAUGUAUGUUCUGGCCCACAGUGACCUGACAGAUAUGUUUCUCAAUGUAGAGUAUAUGAUGGAGCUUAUGGACCCUGCUCUGCAGCUGGGUGAAGGUUCUUAUUAUUUAAUCACUACUUACGGGGCAGUAGAGCUUAUCAAAAGCUACGAUAAGAUCACAGUCACCCGACAGCUAAGCACUGAAGUUCAAGAUUCCAUCCACCGCUGGGAGAGACGGAGAACACUUAACAAAGCCCGGGCAUCUCGAUCGUCCGUUCAGGAUUUCAUUGCAAUUUCUUUUAUGGAGGCUGAUGCCAAAACAAGGACACUGGCAUACCGGACAGACUCCACAACUCAUCAGCUGAUCCAGCAGUGCGCUGAGAAAUUUGAAGUCUCAGAGCCCCUGGACUAUGGGCUGUUUGUCCAAGUUGAUAACAAAACAAUGCAGAUGGAUGAUGAUGCCCUCCCUCAUCAGAUCAAAUCCCACCUCCUGAAUAAAGAGCCCAAACUGACUUUCUACUUUAUUUAUAAACAACUUGGUGAUGAAGAAUCACCAGUUCCCGUUAUCAAGGACACAGAUGCCUUGUAGCAGCAAGACUGCUCUUUUGAAGCAAACUUGGUUCAGAGGAUUUAGAUAUUUCUUCUUUCAAACCAUCUCCUCCAUCAGCAGAAACUCUCCAAAAUACAGCUUCUGAUCUGAAUGGUGAUAUGGAUAGCAUGUGCAAUCCUGCUCUGAGGCAUUUUCUUGACAGAAUUCAUUUGCAGUCAUAAAUGGGAUAUCCAAGCAAAGUUCUUCCUUGGAAGGAGAAAAACACUUGAAUAGUAGUUUAGAGCCUCAAAUCAUGAGUGAAUGUUGUAACCUUAGCGCCAGAAUCCCGGGUACAAAAUAGAUAGUCUUGAAGUUAUGGACAUCCUGGCAGAUUCUCAAGCACUGUAGCAUUAUCUCCUCAGUGUCUAACAGAAAGGGAACAAGUCAUUUUUGGUGGUUGCCACAAAAAAUCCAAAUGGCCUCCCUUUAGCAGAACAAAAACUAAUAAUGAACUAAGUAGUUCACAGUAUCUGACUAGAUUCUCACAUA